GUUCGUGUUAAAACUAUUACUAACCAGAAUUGGGAGCCUAAACGUUUCCGUGGUAACAUUGUCGCUAGCAACAGCCAGUACUUGGCCUAUGUCCUAGCCAGUAGAAGUGGUUAUGUUAUUAGACUCAUUCACCUUCAGACGAAUGACAGAGCAUUGUUGAAGAAGUUCAAUGGAGAGAUAUUGGACAUAUCAUUUGCACAUAAUCAUUCAAAUUUAUUAGGAGUGAUCGAUGAGGCUGGUAAUUUGUACGUGUAUGAUAUUGACAAAACAAAUGGAGAUAUUAAUAAAAUAAAUGAUUGUUUGAAGCUACACAUAUUCAAUGGUGUUAUACCUGAUGGUAAGACUCAUUUGCUGGUGUGGGCUCCGUACAUACAGACACAGCAGGACAAUGGAGAUGAUGAUAAUGUCAUGAUUGCAGUUUCACAUGAUUCCAGAGUAAUUGAUUGCAUAUCUAAUUGA